GGGCACUUCCUGUUCAUCAAAAUGGCAACAUCGCUCCCUUGACAAGUAAAGGUGGCAGGUGUUCUUUUUCGUUAUUUUAUGUAAUUUUCAGGGUGUUAUGAAAACGAGUAGCGUUUUAGUCCAAUAUAUAAUCGUGACAGAAAAGUAAAUAGAGGUUACAUUGCGUGGAUAACAAUUUGUUCUGCCAAAUUUGAAAAGGCUAGUAAGUAUAGAUAUAAAGCAACAAGAUGCGAAGAGGAGUUGGAGCUGGGGCUAUUGCCAAGAAGAAGCUGGCAGAGGCCAAAUAUAAAGAGAGGGGAACUGUUUUGGCAGAAGACCAAAUUAUUCAAAUGUCCAAACAGCUGGAAACAUUUAAGUCCCACCUGGAAGAAUUUGCCAGUAAACAUAAACAAGAGAUUCGCAAGAAUCCUCAGUUCAGAGUUCAAUUUCAAGAAAUGUGUGCCACCAUAGGGGUGGACCCUCUUGCAUCUGGCAAAGGUUUUUGGUCAGAGAUGCUUGGAGUUGGAGACUUCUAUUAUGAACUUGGAGUGCAAAUUAUUGAAGUUUGCCUUGCUCUAAAACACAGAAAUGGAGGGCUUAUUACUCUUGAUGAACUUCAUCAGAGAGUAUUGAAAGGAAGGGGAAAAUAUGCACAGGAUGUUAGCCAAGAUGACUUGGUGAGAGCCAUAAAGAAACUGAAGGUGAUGGGGAGUGGGUUUGGGAUGAUCCCUGUUGGUGGUUCAUAUUUGGUGCAGUCAGUGCCAGCCGAGCUCAACAUGGACCACACGGUUGUACUACAGCUGGCAGAGAAAAAAGGUUACGUGACAGUUAGUGAAAUAAAAGAAAGUCUUAAAUGGGAGAAAGAGCGAGCUUCACAUGUCUUGGAUCACCUCCUGAAGGAGGGACUGGCCUGGUUGGACUCUCAAGCAGCUGGGGAACCUCAGUACUGGCUACCAGCUCUGUUCUCCGAGCUGACUUCCCGGGACAUUACACCAGAGGAAGCCAAUCAGAUGACCCCUUGA